AUGCAGUUUAAUCCUUUUGGCAGUAGCCAGUAUUACAAACAACAACAACAACAGCAGCAGCAGCAGCAGCAGCAGCAACAACAACUACAACUACAACAACAACAACAACAACGGAUGAUGUACAUUCCACAACAGUCUCUGUCUCAACAGCAAUCUCCAACUUCCCCAAACUCUGUUUCAUCUAAUCAACAACAAAAUUAUUAUCAACAAUCUAGAUAUAAUAAUGAUUCAGUCAUCAACCAACAACCAAAACGGGUGUCGUAUUUCAACAUGAACAAGUUUUAUUCAAAGAGCCCCGGCACCACUAGUCCAACAUCGACCAUUAACCAAAUAAAUACCAAUCGAAUAAUACCCACGAACCAAAUAAAUGCCAACCAACCUAACGAUUACCAUCCCGGAUCUAUCAAUUCCGCAAUCACUAGCCCAAAAAGCCCAAAUUUCCCGGUACCGAUUGCCCAAGAGAAAGUGGUAUCGUUCACUAGAAGACCGGAUUUGUUUCCCAAAGCCACUCAAGAAAAGGCCUCGGCAACCUCUUUGAAAAUCGAAAACUAUUAUCAUCAAUCAGUCAACCAUGCCAUCGACAGAAAUAAACGAAGAUUGCAAUUGGAAAAUGAUCUUGAACGAGAAGGCAGUGACGAAAGGAAAAAUCGGGCCAAGAACUUGUUGAAGCUCAAAGAAUCGCAAUUCAUCAGGUUAAGAAGAACCAGGCUUUCGUUACAGGAUUUCAAAACCAUCAAGGUCAUUGGUAAAGGGGCGUUUGGUGAGGUUCGAUUAGUGCAAAAAGUCGAUACUGGCAAAGUGUUUGCCAUGAAAACUUUGAUCAAAUCGGAAAUGUCCAAAAGAGACCAAUUGGCGCAUGUCAGAGCUGAACGAGACAUCUUGGCCGGUAGUGAUUCCGAAUGGGUGGUGUCGUUGUUUUAUUCUUUCCAAGAUUCCGACUUCUUGUAUUUGAUCAUGGAGUUUUUACCUGGUGGUGACAUGAUGACGAUGUUGAUUAAAUGGCAAGUGUUCACCGAAGAUAUCACCCGAUUUUAUAUCGCCGAAUGUGUGUUGGCCAUCGAAGCGAUCCACAAAUUGGGGUUCAUCCAUAGAGAUAUCAAACCAGAUAAUAUUUUGAUCGAUAUUGACGGGCAUAUCAAGCUCAGUGACUUUGGGUUGGCCACGGGGUUCCAUAAGAUGCACGAUUCUAACUACUACCGGAAAUUAUUGGGGAAAGAACCGGUUUCCAAACCAAGCCACAACCGAACCGUGUCGCUUGUCAAUGAUAAUCAACAACAAGCCAUUCACUUGACCAUCAAUAAUCGAGACAAGAUUCAAACUUGGAGGAAAAACCGAAGAUUGAUGGCGUAUUCCACCGUCGGGACCCCCGACUACAUUUCCCCGGAAAUUUUCAUCCAUCAAGGAUACGGCCAAGAAUGUGAUUGGUGGUCGCUUGGGGCCAUCAUGUAUGAAUGUCUCAUUGGCUGGCCACCGUUUGCUUCGGAUACUCCUCAAGAAACUUACCGGAAGAUUUUGAAUUGGCAAGAGACCUUGGUGAUCCCUGAAGAAGUCCACUUAUCCCCGGAAAGUGAGGAUUUGAUAAGAAGUUUAUUGACCAAAGCAGAGUAUCGAUUAGGUAGAGGAGGUGCUGCAGAAAUUAAAGCCCAUCCGUUUUUCCGAGGGGUCGAUUGGUCCACCAUUAGACAGGUACGGGCGCCGUUCAUUCCUAAAUUGACGAGUAUUACCGACACGAGAUUCUUCCCGACCGAUGAUUUGGAAGGGGUUCCUGAUAAUCCAGUGUUGUUGCAACAAAGGGAUAGACAAGGUGGGACCGAUACCGCCGGUAGCUCAGGUAAUGUUCGAAAUGAUUUGCCAUUUAUCGGGUACACGUAUUCUAGAUUUGACUAUUUGACAAAGAAGUUUUGA